AUGUGCGGCAUCUUCUUCUCCCUCAGUCCCCAUGGCUACAUAGCUCCAAAUGAAAAUACUGCAAAACUCCUGCGCAACCGAGGGCCUGACCAUACGGGGCUGCAUCAGUCAGUCCUUUCACACCGGGCAGAUGGCAGCCAGCUGCAUGCGACCUUCUUGUCGACUGUGCUGUCGUUGCGAGGCACUGCAAUCGUUUCGCAGCCACUGAUUGACGAGAGCACACAAUCUGCGCUCUGCUGGAACGGGGAGGCUUGGUCCAUCCAUGGUGAUGCUGUAGCAGGCAACGACUCCAAGGUUGUUUUCGACCUCCUGUUGAAGGCGUGCGCCACAAGGUCGUCGCGUGGUUGCAAGUCUGCAGUGAUCGAACUGCUGUCUGGCAUACAAGGCCCGUAUGCAGUCGUGUUCUACGACGCCGUGAACAAUCACAUCUACUAUGGCAGGGACUGUCUGGGUCGACGGUCUUUGCUGAGAAAGUCCACCCCAGACGGUUCUCUUGUGCUGUCCAGUGUAGGCGACAUGGUCAUAGGUGAGGCAUGGGCUGAGGUAGAAGCCGAUGGGAUCUAUGUUGCCGAUCUCAAUGAUGUCGAAAACCCUCUCCCCGUUGCACACAUUCCUCACGCUCGGUUGGGUGAAACAGCAAGCUCUGCACUUUCUCUUACCCUGCCAUUUCCACCCAUGAACCGCGGAACCCCUCACGGCCUUGGCCCAGAUCACCAAAAGACGCUUGAGUUGGGAGCGUCGUUGCGUCGGUCUUUAGCCCUCCGCAUACAGCAUGUUCGGGAAGCCUUCGGCCCACCGCCAACCAGCACACACGACGACGCAGCAAGGGUAGCAAUCCUCUUUUCUGGUGGCCUCGACUGCACGAUCCUCGCAAGGCUUUGCCACGAUCUCCUCUCUCUCAACGAAAGCAUUGAUCUGCUCAACGUCGCCUUUGAGAACCCACGCAUACAUGGCAAGCUAGAGCCCGGCACCAGCCCCUACGAGCUCUGCCCGGACCGCAUCACAGGGCGAUCGUCACACGGAGAACUCCAGCAGGUAUGUCCAGGGCGCCGCUGGAGGUUCGUCCAAGUCAACGUGCCCUACACAGCAACGGUAGCACAUCGCGCAACAGUAAUGGCGCUCAUGUAUCCUCACAACACCGAGAUGGACCUCUCCAUAUCGUAUGCGCUGUAUUUCGCAUCGCGCGGCGUCGGCGUCACUACUUCCUCUUCUUCUUCUUCCUCUUCUUCUUCUUCUUCCUCUUCUUCUUCUUCUUCUCCCGGUCGCGCGACAGAGCCAUACACGACACCCGCAUGCGUGCUCCUCUCCGGCCUCGGGGCUGACGAGCUAUUCGGCGGCUACCAGCGCCACGCCACCGCCUUCGCCCGGCACAGCUACCCAGGCCUGAUCGAGGAGCUCGAACUUGACUUCGACCGGCUCGGCAAGCGCAAUCUCGGACGCGACGACCGCGUCAUCAGCAACUCGGGCAAGGAAGUCCGGUUUCCGUAUCUCGAUGAGGAGUUUAUUGCGAUGGCGCUGAGGCUGCCGGUGGAGGAGAAGUGUGAUUUUGGGUGUCCGCAGCAGAGGCCUGAGGGCAGUGAGGAUGUGGUGCUUGAGCCGGCGAAGUAUGUGCUCAGGAGCCUUGCGUAUGAGCUGGGUAUGAAGCGUGUUGCGCUGGAGAAAAAGAGGGCGAUUCAAUUCGGCGCGAGGACGGCGAAGAUGGAGACGGGGAAGACGAAGGGGACACAUAUUUUGAUAUGAGUAAGUACCAAUUCUCUUCUCUUGGUGUGGGGUGGCAGUGAUUAUAAAAGGCCAAAUGGGAGAGACACCAGGGCUCCCUCGGACAGCGUCGCUUGAAAGUGGCAUGUCUAUGGCUCGAGGUGUCGGUGAGUUUGAAACUUGUAAAAGAAGACAUUCCUUGGCUUACCCGGGAGGACGCUGCAACGGCACAAAGGCACCUGCCCUGAACGAGGCAUGCCGAC